CACAGAUAGAUACACGUACAAGUAGACUGUUCGUUUACCAAUUCUCAGGGCACACUCGCCGGCAGAUCCCACUUUUCACUCUCCGCUGAACUCACACCAACACACACUGAAAGAGGUUCCUCAGCCGCCGUCCAAACACCAGAGCACACCUCAUUUUUACACACUAUAGCUCACACAGAACAUACACACAGAGCCAACUACUCCACUGUCCGCCGCCCAUCUUCACCACUUUACACCCAAAAGUGCCAUAAUCACUUUGCAAUUUCAGUUUGUGAAGCUUCGGCCAGUUCAAACCUUCCGAGUUUUCUGUUUUUAUCAAAAACUGCUGAAAGCUUAAAGGUGACAGUAAUUUUAUAUGGUGUUUGUGAACAUAUUUUAAGCAGCAGAAAUCAUGGGUAAAUUAUUGACUGUAAUCACUCACCUUCAUACUCUUGCCGGGCCAGUGGUGAUGCUGCUCUAUCCUCUAUAUGCAUCUGUGGUGGCAAUAGAGAGCACAUCGAAGCUGGAUGAUGAGCAAUGGCUUGCUUAUUGGAUUCUCUAUUCUUUUGUCACUCUCAUGGAGAUGGUCCUUCAGCCCGUGCUUCAAUGGGUACCAAUUUGGUAUGAUGUGAAGUUGGCGGUAGUGGCAUGGCUGGUACUUCCGCAGUUCAGGGGAGCUGCUUUUAUCUAUGACAAGUUUGUUAGAGAAAAGCUCAUCAACAAAUAUGGAGCUUCAUAUUUCAGAGACAAGUCUCCCCCUCCAGCCAAGGUGGAGCGUGAAACCCGGUGAGGAUAGAGGAUUUGAAGGAUUAAUCUACAUAUGUGGAACAGCUUUCGUCUUUCGUUUUCUAAUCAGCGAAGAAUUACACUGUAUUUUAGUGCUGCAGAUAAUGUGGUUGUCGUGAAUGUUGUAUCAUCACUUUAAUAUAUACAAUCUGCUUGCUUGUUAACGAAAGUCCCUAAUAUUUGGUCAGA